AUGGUAGGCAACAUCCUCACCAAGGACGAGGAUAAGACUGAGUCUGUGGGGCCAGAUGGAAUCUACCUGAGGGUUCUGAAGGAGCUGGCCGAAGCACUCACCAAGAUGCUCUCCAUCCUUAUCAGCAGUUCCUGGUCAACAGAGAAGAUCCCAGAUGACUGGAGACUUGCCAGUGUGACACCUAUCCACAAGAAGGAUCAGAUGGAGGAUCUGGGGAACUACAUGCCUGUCAGCCUCACUUUGAUCGAUGGGCUGGAGGAGAAGCUGGCGCUCUGCAGACAGAGUAUGGAAGAGGUGGACCUGAAGCUGCGCAGGGAGAAGCUCAGCCCCGAAGGAAGAAAGUCGCUGGAGAGAGAGAAAAACUUACUAAUGACCAAAGCUGACAACUAUGAAAAAGAACUGAGGGUGCUUCGCAAGGAAAAUCGCAAGAACGCUGCCUUUGCUGUGGCCAUGGGGCUGCUGAUUGCCCUUAUUUAUGCCUGUUGGACAAUGUGAUUGCACUACAGGAUUCUCCCUGC